AAUAAUUUUACGCUAUUAGCUGUAAGAUACUAUGCACUACAGUGAAAUAACGGACCUUGUACUUUGGUUGGAAGGAAAUCUGAAAAGCAUUGCUUGUAGGAAAGGAAUGAGCUAGUUGAGAAAUAUGUUUGAAUGAAAAUAACCUGUAGAAAUAAAAUGAAGUACCGAAUAAGAUUUGCAAUCAAUUUAAUUUAAAACCCAAAUAAGCAAAUCAUUUUUCAAAAAAAUUAAUUACAAAUCUUAAAUUCAUCCAAGGAGUUUCCUGUAAUUGUGCUCUUUUUUUUCAUUGCUACUGUUCCCUUUUCCUUUUUAUUUAUUUCUCUGGCUUGUCAACAAAGAAACACUCUCUCCACUCAAAUCCCUAAAUUCAACUAAUAAAGUUUAAGACUGAGAAAGAGAGCAAUAGAGUACAGAGAAACCAGCUGCAGAAAAUCGGGUGAAGGAAAAAAAUGAGCAGCAUAGGCACCGGCUAUGAUCUAUCGGUGACCACAUUCUCGCCGGACGGCCGCGUUUUCCAGAUCGAAUACGCGGCGAAAGCCGUCGACAACAGCGGCACCGUGGUCGGCAUCAAAUGCAAGGACGGGGUUGUUAUGGGAGUGGAAAAGCUGAUUGCUUCGAAGAUGAUGCUGCCCGGUUCCAACAGACGAAUCCACUCCGUCCAUCGGCACUCUGGAAUGAGUUCAGUUAUUGAUCUUCGAAGAAUGGAUUUAGUUUUUCAUUGUUGUCAAUCACGAUGCCUGAAUGCUGUUUCCGGUUACGUGAAGCUGAUGCUGGUUAAUUUUCGUAAAGGAUGCAUUGUUUGGUGUUCUAAAAUGAAGGCUGUUGCUGGACUAGCUGCAGAUGGCAGGCAAAUUGUUGCAAGAGCAAAAUCUGAAGCAACUAAUUACGAGAGUGUGUAUGGUGAGCCAAUUCCUGUACAAGAACUUGCGCAACGUGUGGCUAGUUACGUGCACUUGUGCACACUCUAUUGGUGGCUCAGGCCUUUCGGAUGUGGGGUGAUUUUGGGAGGGUAUGAUAGAGAUGGACCUCAGUUGUACAUGGUUGAACCAUCUGGGAUUUCCUACAGGUACUUUGGUGCUGCCAUUGGGAAGGGAAGGCAGGCUGCUAAAACAGAGAUUGAAAAAUUAAAUCUUUCUGAGAUGACUUGCCGACAAGGGGUUAUUGAGGUGGCAAAAAUUAUUUACGGUGUGCAUGAUGAGGCGAAGGACAAGGCAUUUGAACUAGAAAUGAGUUGGGUUUGUGACGAGUCCAACCGUCAGCAUCAAAAGGUCCCAGAUGAUCUAUUAGAGGAAGCUAAGACAGCCGCUAAAGCUGCACUUGAAGAAAUGGAUGCAGAUUAAUCAGAUGUGACAUUUGUUCUCUCUUGUGUAACAUUUUUCUCGACUAUGGUCCUGCUCAACUCUCGAUUUUCUAUGGGUGGAACACAGUAUGAUCGAUUCAGAUUCGUUGUUGCAUGUAAAAACCUUAUUCCAGCUAUAAAACCAUCUCAAGAAAUCUGUGUUAGACGACCUUAAUUUAGUGUCCCAAUUUUCAAUUUAUGUUGUCACAACACGUUUUCUCUGAAUAAGUCCUAAAUUUACUCUGCAACAUCUUUCAAUUCAUACAAAAUAUGGUAUUAUUGAUCUGAGCAACUAAUGUAACGAAGACCAUCUCAUCAAAUGGAAAUAAACUACACAAACAUUUCACAUAUGAAACAACUUAACCGUAUCUUUACACGAUUUAGUAGACCCAAAGUACAUAUGAGGCAACUCUUUACAAACCAAAAGGCAAAAUCAAUUUCUCCAUAUUUCCCAUGUACCAAAACGACAAAAUCAGUUUCACCUCAAAUCUCAAUCGCCGGCUCC